CAUUUCCUCCCUUGUGUCUCUCGAACAGGGAAGUAGGCAGCACCACCGGCCGUGAAGCCACAGUCAGUGUGACAGUGUGUGCACGUAAAGGUCCGCUUUAUAACCGGGUUAUCGUCUCGUUAACGGACCUAGGUUCCCACACAGCCCAUUCAGAUGAACUCAAGUACUCUUCCAUCAGCACCACCAGAGAAAAUGACCAACAUCCCCCUCUCCCGCUCUGAGGUUUUUGGGGAGCUGAGGAAGGAGCUGCAUGAAGAUGAGGAGUUCCAUCAGUCCGACGUUCACGUCUUCAUCAUCAUGGGAGCCUCGGGAGAUCUGGCCAAGAAGAAAAUCUACCCAACUCUAUGGUGGUUGUUCAGAGAUGGUCUCCUCCCUGAGAAGACAUAUUUUGUGGGCUUUGCUCGCUCUGACUUGACAGUUGAUGCCAUUCGGGCUUCUUGCAUGCCAUACAUGAAGGUGACGGAUACGGAAACAGAACGGUUGUCCGCGUUCUUCAGCAGGAACACGUACAUCAGUGGGAAAUAUGCAGAUGACAGUUCCUUCUCCAAACUCGACGCACACAUCCUGUCUCUGCCCGGUGGACCCGAGGCAAACCGUCUCUUCUACCUGGCACUGCCACCCACCGUCUACCACGAUGUUUCCAAGAACAUCAGGCACUGCUGUAUGAGCACAAAGAUUGUAGAGAAGCCGUUUGGACAUGACCUUCAGAGCUCUGAAGAGCUGUCCACUCACCUCUCCUCCCUCUUCACUGAAGAACAGAUCUACCGUAUUGAUCACUACCUGGGCAAGGAAAUGGUGCAGAACCUCAUGGUGCUCAGGUUUGGGAACCGUAUCUUCGGGCCGAUCUGGAACAGGGACAGCGUGGCCUGCGUUGUUCUCACCUUUAAAGAACCGUUUGGCACUCAGGGACGAGGAGGCUACUUUGAUGAUUUUGGCAUCAUCCGCGAUGUCAUGCAGAACCACUUGCUCCAGAUGCUCUGCCUGGUUGCCAUGGAGAAACCAGCAUCUACCAGCUCUGAUGAUGUCAGGGAUGAAAAGGUGAAGGUGCUGAAGUGCAUCGCUCCAGUGACAAUGUCGGAUGUGGUGCUGGGUCAGUAUGUGGGGGAUCCGGAGGGUGAGGGAGAUGCCAAACUGGGUUAUCUUGAUGAUCCCACAGUUCCUAAAGGAUCGACUCAGGCCACCUUUGCCACCGCUGUGCUGUACGUGCACAACGAACGCUGGGAUGGUGUUCCUUUCAUCCUUCGCUGUGGAAAAGCUCUGAACGAGAGGAAAGCUGAGGUGCGGCUGCAGUUCUCUGAUGUCCCGGGGGACAUUUUUGGAAAUCAGUGUCGCAGGAAUGAGCUUGUGGUGCGCGUGCAGCCCAACGAGGCCAUCUACGCCAAGAUGAUGAGCAAGAAACCCGGCGUGUACUUCAGCCCUGAAGAAACUGAGCUGGACCUCACCUACAAGAGUAGAUACAAGGAUGUGAAGCUUCCAGACGCUUACGAACGUCUCAUCCUGGAUGUCUUCUGUGGAAGUCAGAUGCACUUUGUACGCAGUGAUGAAUUAAGGGAAGCAUGGAGGAUUUUCACACCUCUCCUUCAUCACAUAGACAAUGAGAAGCCCAAACCUAUUCCUUAUAAAUAUGGAAGCCGUGGCCCAACAGAAGCGGACGACCUCGCGAAGAGAGUUGGAUUUCGUUAUGAAGGCACUUACAAAUGGGUCAACCCUCACAGACUGUGAGUUGUGAUGAGAUGAGGGAGGAGUAGAGGUAGGAUAGUAGGAGGGGUUGCAGCAGGGUAAGUGAGCCGUGUCAUGUUCCAACACUGGAGUGUCUUUGAGGAAGGAGGUGUUUCCACUGUGUGGAUCCAUCGCAUUAGCAACAAAGAAAGAAGCUAUUUAAAAACAAAUUGAGAAUUUCUCAGGUAUAAGGAGUUAUUAUUCUAUGGAGCUAGUUCUUCAGACAUUGAGAGGAGAUGUGUGGAUUCAUGCUGUCAUCAUGGGAUUUGAUGUUAGUUUUUCUUAUUUUAUUUUAUUCAUACAUUCACAGCAGCUUUCUAUGUUGUAUUUGAGAGGUGGGACCAAGUCAGUUGGAGAGGGAACAAAAAAACGAACCAGGAUGUUUUUGUGAACAAAAUAACUGUCUGAUGAACUAGCUCCAUGUCCCCUGUCUCCAUUAAUUUGGUCUUAAUUUGUCAGGAUGGUAAAUGGAAUAACAAGAACAGAGCAGAGUAACAAUAGAGUAGAGCACUAAGAAAACACAGCUGAGUCAUCCUCACCCAGUGCAAGUACUGUACCAAAGAUGGUAACUGAACACAGCAGAGACGCGGAACAACAGGAAUGAUUGUUCACCGACUGUCACUCCUAUAAACCUUCUGAUUGUAUUACCAUUAUGCUUUCACUGCAUUUAUUAAUCACACUUAGCGGAAUUUCUUUUUACAACUUCCAUACUCUCUUGUUGCCUCCUUUGCCCAGAACCAAGGACAUCAUGGCUGUUUUAAUAAAUGGACUCUGUGGUACACAAAGGGCAAUGCAGGCUGUUUCCUCUUCAAAGCAUUCAUACUGGAAUAGUCUUAAGUGUCCUUAUGGACAAGCAAAACGAGCUGUUGGUCUUGUUUAGUCGCCUUCCUCUGAGCUUCAUUCCCUUUUGUUUACAUUUUUAAGUUUUAUUUAAUUUACUUAUGUUCAUUCCAUAUUUCAAAGUAUAGACCGCAGUGGUUUGUACCACAAGUCAACAGUGAAUGUCUUUGUAAUGACGUACUCACAUGUAAAGCUAGCUACAUUUCCACUACUUGUAAUAAACUAGUUUUGCUUCUCUGUUAAUGUGUUUCCUGAUUU